AUUUCAGAUAUCCUGCGGUGACCUACUGUAUAAAUACUGAGGUCGAGACACACAAGUUUCAAUCGAAGCUCAGCCAUGUAUUGGCCAGGCCAAUACAGAGGUGGCCUAGUGGCCGCUUUGUGUGGCUUACUGACCAUUGUCCAUGCAGGUGUCAUGCUGACCUGCAAUCAAGCAGACGAUGAUAAAAGAACGAUCUACGACUUCAGUGUGAUGAACGUUUACAAAGAUCGGACAAUUAGUCUCAGUGAUUAUAAGGGAAAGGUUGUCAUGAUCGUGAAUGUUGCUACUUACUGAGCCUUGACUCACCAUUACUUCGGGUUGAAUGCACUACAGUCCAAGUAUAGUGAUCAAGACUUUGUCAUCCUAGGCUUUCCUUGCAACCAGUUUCUGAUGCAAGAGCCUGGAGCCAAUGGCACAGAAAUCAUGAACGGAAUCAAAUAUGUCCGACCUGGUGGGGGUUUUGUGCCGAACUUUCAACUUUUUGAGAAAAUUGAAGUGAACGGAGUAAAUGAGCAUAUACUUUACAUUUACUUGAAGAGUGUCUGCCCUCCAACAGCCACUGUCUUUAAUCAAACCAGAUUAUUUUACACACCAAUCAAAGCCAGUGAUGUGGCCUGGAACUUUGAGGCCUUUCUGAUUGGUUACGACGGGAAAGUUGUCAAGCGAGCUUAUCCUCGAACGGAUCCACUACAACUUGCAGACGACAUAGACUUAGAGGUGGCACGUGCCAAGAGUGCUGAACUCGACCAGACUGUCAAUGGUUAGCUCCAGAAUACAUGGGAUUUCCUUUUCAACUGGAUUGGAUUACCUCCGCCUGAAAUUUUACAAUCGAAAUAGUUUAUUUUGCUUUAAUACGAAACAAAACAACUUUUAACUCCACAAUUUAAUCAUGUUUUCCCGACCUAUCAAAACUUAGCAACUUGAUAUUUAGAUCAAUAUGUAGGUCUUUAUACUAUAUUCAAUUCCAAAUGUUAAAUCGUAUUUUUUCACAUUUGUUUAGUUUUCUAACUUUAAAUUGGAGAGAAGAAAUCUUUUUAAAGGGAAGUAAUUACAUGUAUAUGUAGUUUAACCAUUAAUUUGAUUUAUUGUAUAUAAUUUCAUCAUUGUAAUCAGUGCUGUACAUGGUAUCAGACAAAUAUAAGCUACAGCCUAGGCCCUGAUUGUAACGUAUUGUCGUUGUAUAUGUGGUGUGAAAAAAAUGCAUAUUUAUCUGAAAACAUAUUACAUUUUUAUCUUUAGUAACGUGGGAAAAGUUAAUAAUGACCAGAAAAAUUUUUAAUGGAUUCUUUAGUGAUGUGUUGAACUGUUUGGUGGGCUCAACUUCUUUGGGAAUGUUAUGACGUGUUUUCUACAAACAGCCUUCAUUGGCUGCUGGAUUACGCUGACACACUACUGACGUCAUCAAGACUUGUGCAUUCGUCUGGUGGCAGAUGUAAUGGCAUUUUCUGUUAAAAACUAGGAAGCUGAGCUCAUCAGACAAUCUUUUUAACGAAAGAAUAUUGCACAUUUGUUAGAACUAAUAAUAAUACACUGUAGAUGUUUAAUAUCUCUGGGUUAGCUUUUCCUGCUUUCCUACAAGUGAAAUGUAUUAUGAAAAGGCAACUUAGACUUCAAAUAAAAUGUAUUAACUUUUUUUUGUA